AUGGCGAAAGCAAAAGAAUACGCAAUAGGAAUUGAUCUAGGAACAACUAACUCAUGCAUGUCAGUUAUGCAAAACGGAAAACCAGAAAUAAUCAUCAACAAGUCUGGAGGAAGAACCACUCCCUCUAUUGUUGCAUUCACCGAGAAUGAAUUAUUAAUUGGAGAAACCGCUGCAAAUAAUGCAAGAAACGACCCAGUGAACACCAUCUAUGACGCAAAAAGACUUAUUGGUCUGACAUACGACGAUGAAAACGUACAGAAGGACAUUAAGCACUGGCCAUUCAGCGUGGUAAAGGGCCCAGCAAACAAGCCAAUGAUUGAGGUAACCAAGGGAGGACAGCAGGUUAAGUACUACCCAGAGCAGAUCAGCUCUAUGGUGCUUAAGUACCUAAAGGACUGCGCAGAGGAGUACCUUGGUGCACCAGUAAACAAGGCUGUAGUAACCGUCCCAGCAUACUUCAAGAACAACCAGAGAGAGCUUACCAAGGAGGCAGGUACCAUGGCAGGACUUGAGGUGCUCAGAAUCAUCAACGAGCCAACUGCCGCCGCAGUUGCAUACGGUAUGGACCAGGCAUCUGGAGACAGCGAAAAGAAGAUUCUUGUUUUCGACUUUGGAGGUGGUACAUUCGAUGUGUCCAUUCUCGCAGUUGAGAAGGGAUUCUUUGAAGUCAAGGCCACAGGAGGAGACACCCACUUGGGAGGAUCCGACUUAGACCACACUCUUGCCAAGCAGAUUGCAGAGACCUUUGCCAAGGAGAACAACAUGGACGUUUCAGGACUCACUGCAAGAUCUCUUGCCAGAUUAAGAGCCCAGAUUGAAAACGCAAAGAGAACACUUUCUUCCUCUCUGUCUGUCCAGAUCAUUGUAGACUCAUUCCACAAGGGAUUAGACCUGUGCUACACCCUUACAAGAGCAAAGUUCGAGGUACUCUGCAAGGUCUUCUUUGACAAGCUUAUCCCAUGCGUUGAGAAGACUCUUGGAGAUGCCAAGCUUUCAAAGAACAACAUUGACGAAAUCAUUUUGGUUGGAGGAUCCACAAGAAUCCCAAAGGUCCAGAAGAUGCUUUCUGACUUCUUCAACGGAAAGGCACUUAACAAGAGUGUCCACCCAGAUGAAGCUGUAGCACAGGGUGCAGCCAUCCAGGCCGCAGUUCUGAACGGAGAAGCACUUGAGGGCGACAACGACCUUCUUCUUCUUGAUGUCAUUCCACUGUCCAUUGGUAUUGAGACCGCUGGAGGAGUUUUCACUCCAAUUGUUCCAAAGAACACCACAAUCCCAACCACCAAGACACAGACAUUCAGUACCUACUCAGACAACCAGACCGCAGUGUCCAUUGUGAUCUUCGAAGGAGAGAGAGCUAUGGUUGCAGACAACCACAAGCUUGGAGAGUUCCAUCUGAACGGAAUCCCACCCGCACCAAGAGGAGAGCCAAAGAUUGUUGUGAAGUGCAGCAUUGACUCCAACGGUAUUCUUUCAGUAACAGCAAGCGAGUCUUCUUCCGGAAGCGAGCAGGAAAUCACCAUAACCAAGGACAAGACUGUCAGCAGCCCAGAGGAGAUCAAGAGAAUGCAGGAGGAGGCUGUUAAGUUCCAGGAGCAGGAUGAGAAGAACAAGGUUAUUAUUGCAGCAUACACCGAGCUAGACAGCUACCUUUACACAGUCAAAGAGCUUUUCAAGAAGCUUGACGCAUCUGUCCAGACCGAGGCAAACGCUAAGCUUGCAGAGGGAGAAGCAUGGCUCAAGGCAGUGCCAUCUGCACUCAGCAGAACUGCAGAAGAGUAUGCAGAGAAGAAGAAGGCACUUGAGGCAGCCUUUGCCCCAUACAUGUCUAAACUUCAGGGAGGAAAUGCAGGAGCUAACUCUGGCGAGCCAAUCAUUGAAGAGGCAAAAUAA